GGCCGGUUCUAACCCAGGUGCUCCGAGGAAGGAGCGGGUGUUCGGGGGGAACUCGUAGACGCGCGGGGGUAUGACAUCACGCGGAUCGGGGGGUUUCGCGGCGCGGGAAUUGCUAACGCGGAAUUUUCGGGUUCGCAACCGAUAAAGGGGGAAUCGGGGUCCGCCGCCGCCGCCGCCGCCGCCGCCGCCGCCACCGCCCGCCGCCCGCCGCCGUUGCAGCCAUCGCUGCGGUGCUCGCGCUCUCCUUCUGUUACAAAUCUAACUCUCUUACCCAUACAUGAUCCCUUUCAGCAGCCAUCGCCGCGAUGCUCGCGAUCUCCUUUUACUGAAUGUCUUUGUCACCUGUACGUGAUAUCUUCAACCAUGUAGUCUUAUCAUUCUCUCUUUCUCUUUCAUUCGUUCUUUCAUACGCAGUCACAUAUAUAUCGUUCCUGCCCAUCGCACUUUAUCUAUGUACUUCCUACCAAGUUCUGCACACGCCAUUUCACUGUAAAGGAAUAAGGAAGAGAGAAAAUAAGUUAGAAUAAUUAUUUAUAAAUUUUUUCAUUUAUUUAUUUCAUAACGUAUCAUAUGCAAUAUUUGUCUGAUGCAUAAGUUCACAAUCUAUGAGACUUUUUUCAUUUAUUCGUUUUGUAAAGCAUCAUAUACAAUAUUGUCGGAUGCAUAAGCCAAUAACUCACAAUCUACGAGACACGUCUUAUCAUAUUUUUCAUGUAAUAUCUUUACAGUAUCACUUUUAUUAGUGACAUGAUUUUGACGUAAAAUUAGUAACAAAUUGUUUAUAUUUUUCACCAACAAUAUAAAUAUUUUGAUGCAAUUGGUAGCAUACUUGUUCAACACAAUCUUCCAGUUCUAAUAAGAAUUGUAUGGUUGAUGGUUUCCUAUACCUAGUAUUAUAUAAUGUUAACUUUACAAUAUUUUUUUACGUAUAUUUACGAGAUCUAUAACUAAAUCAUUAAUCGAAAUUCUUGAAGAAGGUACAGCUGCCUGCAUGAGUUGCACAAUAUCCGCACGUCUCUCGAUGAACGUUUUCCAUAUCGCAUAAGUCAGGUGUAGGUAACCUAUGCGACUUCGGUUAUCACCAAUCAAUAAUUCUACACAGGGCAUAGAUUCCAUCCUGAUUCUGAUGUCCAAAUAUUUAUAUGCUGUAGCAGUCAAAGCAUAUCUCCUUCCCAAGAUGCGCGGAAUAUAGCGCGGCUGCGAUAAUGUUCUGUAAAAAGAAUACAGGGAAUUAGAAAUAAAAGUGCGAAUAAAUGUAGAAGGAAAUAUAGAAGGAAAAAAAAUAAAAAUUGAAAAUACUUACGGUUUAUCACACGUGUCAUUUUGCUGGAUCGGAACGUAAUAGUUCAUCCUCGAGAAGUUCGUCUUUCACCGAUUGCAGUAACGUUUCAGAAACCUUUGCUGUCCAGUAACCAACGGGUACCGAUGCCUAAACUCUUUUUAUAUUGUACACUCCUCCACAUACCCCAAUAAUAGUAGUGGGAACAAAUCCCGCAGUUUACGUUUUUAAACACAUGCAUCACUUGAUACGUUUUAGACACAUGUAUCACUUGAUACAUUUUAGACACAUGCAUCAUACUUCUGAUGAGAUCAAAAAUCACACAUAUAUUCAAAGAAUGCAAAUUUUGCAAAAGUCAAGCGCCGAUGUAUGGCGGCUGUGAUGCAAAAUAUGCUUUAGGCACGUACACAAGUCAUUUGAUACGUAUUUUCUGAUGAGAUCAUUAAAAAAAUCAAGUUUUAGACAUGUACAUCAUUUGAUAUCUUCUGAUGAGAUCAAAAAUCGCACAUACAUUUGAAGAAUCUUGGAAAAAUCAAGCACUGAUGUAUGAUGGCUGCUGUGUAUUUGCUGUGUAUUUGCUGUCUGCAAAUACUGUUCGAAUUGUAGACAGCCUAUGUUUGUGUUGAUUCCGUGCAAUAUGUGUCCUGUGUCCACACAUUAAAGACUUUCAGUAUAAAAUUAUACAACAUGAAUGAACGAGUUGAAUUUGAAGUAGAAGAUGUCAUUUAUGUUCUUAAUAAUGACGAUUCUGAAAAACGAAUGCAUGUGCAGCGAAUAUCACCAGUGCAAUUUCUACGCGAUCGAGAACUCGGUAUACGCGAAACGCACGAACGCAUCGUAAUACAGGAAGUUUACAUACAUGAUCAAUUUGUUUAUGAUUGGCCUCAUCAUGUGAAGCAAAAAUUAUAUAGAGAGAUACUGAAUUGAGUUGACACCAAUGAAAGUGAAUAUAAUAUAGCAAAACAAAUUGUAUAAAAGACUCAGGAAAGCUGUUUUCAUCUCAUUGAGAUACCAGCAGUGUUGGAAGGUAUAUUGAAGUGAUAGCAGGAAUGAGUCACUUAUGAGACUGACAAUCCUUACGUAGAGAAAAUAUUACACACUUAUCGCGAAUUUUCUAAUCUUUUGGACAAUGAUGAUGAUGAAUAUGUUCUAUCUGAGCAAGAGAUGGAGAUAUGUGUUUUUAUUCGACGUGAAAGACAAAGCAAGCUAAUGCACUUUGAAAUUCAAGACAAAUUUUGAUUCUGCAUUAGGUGCGCAGCUAUAUGCAGUGUUUGGCAAAUUACAUGCAAGUGUCCUGUUGAAGAUUGUAUGUUGUUUUAAGACAGUGCUAAAAGACAUUAUAGAAAUGGAGAAUAAUUUUGAGCAAGUGGAACGCGAACUGUCAGAGCAAGCCGACAGAAUUGCUACCUUGGAUGAGUGUUUUACAUGGUUGCAGCGAUGCGACGAAUUUAUGCAACAGCUCGAGGAACAUAACCGCGUUAAGCGUCCUCGGCUUGCCGUCGGACAAAGACAAUCGUUGGUGGCGAGGAUCGCGCGACUCGAGGGUAAAAAGACACGAUUACAAAGGCGUUUUGUGCACGUCGGCGAUAAUUACGCGACCGCUAGUAAUAACGCUGACAGACUCGUGUGGCGAGAAAUACAUACGGCGUUCGAGAAUCGUGUUCUAACCGGUGUGGUAAAUAACGUAAAUUACAUCGAACCGCGAACGUUUUUAGAAGACGCAGGCGAUAUAGUGCUCGAGCGAGUGCGGGACGCUCUAGAAAAACACAAUAGUGUGAAAGUGAAUACCACAUUUAAUGGUGUGUUUGUAACAGGUGAUAAACGUGCAAACAAAAGUAUAAACACUAAAAAUUGUGAACUAUUUCGAAUGUCGGAUUUGAGCGAGUGGUAUGAGCGACGCGUUAUCGAGCCCACAUUAGCGUCACUCGAAGAGUUUCAAAAACGUGAUAGCGGGGCGCUGUCGCGAAUUCUCAAUUUGACUGUAAAUAUAAACAAGUACAAUCCUUUACACGCGGGGUGUUACGUGACUUUGCUGCGAGAAAUAAUGAUGAAACGUGCGGUAGUGAAUGUUAAUUCGAAGGACAAUGCAUGCUUUGCGUGGUCAGUGGUUGCCGCUCUACACCCUGCCGAAAGACAUAGUGAUAGAGAGUCAUCAUAUCCGCAUUAUACAACAGUUCUAAAGUUCGACGACAUCGAGUUUCCCGUUACACUAAAAGACAUUGGAAAAUUCGAGAGACUCAACACUGUAUCAAUUAACGUCUAUGGAAUUAAAAAGGAAAUGGCAAUGCUAAAGAUUCUUCCGCUGCGACUCUCCAACAACAAGAGAGAGAAACAUGUCAAUUUAUUAUAUUUGCAAAAUUCGCGCGAACGCAGCGUGGGUCACUUUGCUUGGAUAAAAAAUCUGUCCCGCCUCGUCAACUCCCAACUGAGUAAAAAGGAGCACAAAAAAUACAUUUGCGACCAGUAUGUAUAUUGAAAAGAAUAUUCUCAUAA